UAUAACUCCUUUCUACUUACACUUUCUCAUUAGACAUUACUGAGCACACAAUGAAUUCCGCUGUACUUCUCGUUAUCUUAUUCUUUGUGGGUACAUCAGCCACACUCAAAUGUCAGCAUCCUCCAAGUCAAUGGUGUUCCUCCUGGGAAAUCGCUAAGGCCUGCCAGGUGGAGGAGCAGUGUCUGGAUUACAAUAACCGUAAAGACAUCAAAAAGAACAAUGAACAAAACGUGAACUUGGAACUUUAUUACGAGAGUCUUUGUGGGGGCUGCCGGAAGUUCCUUGCUCUUCAGCUGUACCCCACAUUUCUAAUGUUAUAUGACAUUAUGAAUAUUACACUGGUGCCUUAUGGGAAUGCACAGGAAAAAAAUGUUUCAGGAAAGUGGGAAUAUGUAUGCCAGCAUGGACCUGAGGAAUGCUAUGGAAAUGCCAUCGAGGCAUGUCUUAUUCACCUCCUGCCAGAGAUCGGUAGCUACUUUCCUGUCAUUGACUGUAUGGAAAUGUCCCCCAAUGUCACUGAAGCUCUAAAGCCAUGCCUCCAAGCUCAUGAGCCAGAACUCCCAGUCAAAACAGUACUGGACUGUGUGAAUGGGGACCUGGGUAACAAACUUAUGCACGCUAAUGCACAGCGAACCCAAGCACUUAACCCUCCACACCAAUAUGUGCCAUGGAUAGUCAUCAAUGCAAAACAUGAUGAUGAUCUGCAGAUGCGAGCUCAAAAUGCAUUAUUUAAUCUUGUCUGUGAACUUUACAAAGGACAAAAACCAGAAGCUUGCACAGGAAAAGAUUUGACGCCUUUGAAAAGGGAAUCUGUAUGUUUAAACUAAAUCAGCAACUAUUGUGAAGAAAAUCUUUCAAGAUGAUAAAUGAAUUAAUGAUAAUAUAUCUCUGGUAACAUGAUUUUUUCUAAUAAUAAAGUAAACAUUUUAAAUAAAA